GUGGAGAGGCAGCUCUUCCUUAACCGAAAUGUGCAACCCUCAGAAGGGGCGGGUGCCAUGAGCUCUGCUGAAGUGAUUGCCCGUUUGGGGUUGCCUUGCACGGUUCUGCAGCCCUGCUGGGACUGAACUCCUUGGUACCGGUCCAUUGCGGGGACAUCACAUAUCGGACAGUGCCCUUUUCCAUCCCCAGAGAGUACAUCUAGUUCAAGAAUUAAAGUACUGCAGCUCUCUUCUGGAGGCAUAGAGAGGGUGGGGGUGGGGGAGCAAGAGCGAAUCUCCUCCACAUCUCCCCACCUGCUAGCCUCUGCUGUACCAUGGGAUGUAGGCAAAGCUCGGAGGAGAAAGAGGCAGCACGGCGGUCCCGAAGGAUUGACCGCCACCUGCGCUCUGAAAGUCAGCGGCAACGGCGUGAGAUCAAGCUCUUGCUCCUCGGCACCAGCAAUUCUGGCAAAAGCACCAUCGUGAAGCAGAUGAAAAUUAUCCACAGCGGGGGCUUUAACUUGGAGGCUUGCAAGGAGUACAAGCCUCUGAUCAUCUAUAAUGCCAUUGACUCCCUGACGCGCAUCAUCCGGGCGCUGGCCACCCUUAAGAUCGAGUUCCACAACCCUGACCGGGCCUACGACGCGGUGCAGCUUUUUGCCUUGACAGGCCCUGCGGAGAGCAAAGGGGAGAUCACACCCGAGCUGCUGGGGGUCAUGAAACGGCUCUGGGCCGAUCCCGGCGUGCAGGAGUGUUUCUGUCGCUCCAACGAGUACCAUCUAGAGGACAAUGCUGCCUACUACUUGAAUGACCUAGAAAGGAUUGCUGCAUUAGACUACAUCCCCACGGUAGAAGACAUUUUGCGUUCUCGGGACAUGACCACAGGCAUUGUGGAAAACAAGUUUACCUUCAAAGAGCUGACUUUCAAAAUGGUGGACGUGGGUGGGCAGAGGUCUGAGCGCAAAAAGUGGAUCCACUGCUUUGAGGGGGUUACAGCAAUAAUUUUCUGUGUAGAGCUGAGUGGAUAUGACUUGAAGCUGUAUGAAGAUAACCAAACGAGUCGAAUGGCAGAGAGCCUCCGUCUUUUUGACUCUAUUUGCAACAACAACUGGUUUAUCAACACUUCCCUCAUCCUCUUCCUGAAUAAGAAAGAUCUGCUGGCAGAAAAAAUCCGCCGCAUCCCGCUAACAGUCUGUUUCCCCGAGUACAAAGGCCAAAACACUUACGAGGAGGCAGCUGUCUAUAUCCAACGCCAGUUUGAGGACUUGAAUCGUAACAAGGAGACCAAGGAGAUUUAUUCACAUUUCACAUGCGCCACUGAUACCAGUAAUAUCCAGUUUGUGUUUGAUGCGGUGACAGAUGUCAUCAUUCAGAACAAUCUCAAGUAUAUUGGUCUUUGCUAAGGAUCCGCGCAGAUGAGUUUAGUUUCUUAAGGUGAUGCAAAAGAGGUUAACCACCUCCACUCACAGUGGAAGCAACGAGGCAGCUCUUGGAAGACCCAGUCGUGGAAGGGAGAAAUCUGCCCACAGAUCCCUUCAGCUGCUUACACAUAUUUUUGCAAAAACAAACAAACGUCUUGGAGUAUGCAAACCUUCCAAAACGGCGAGGUUUUAAACUGUCUGGAAAUGUUUUCAUUACUUUCACCACAUCCCUGGCUCAUUCUGUCUGUUUCACUUAUUUUUCCUGAAAUGGUAACAUUGCCAUGUUCUCUGUAGGAGACAGAUCAUUGUCUUAACUGUCCUAGAAACCAUUUUACUGUCGGGAAGAUGCAGAGCUGGUGAGUGGGAGAGAGGGCUGCAUCAUGAAAUCCCCCCCACCCCGAGGAAAGCUUCUUCCAAACCAGAGGCUAGAGAACAGGCAUAGCCAAGCAAAGUUUUCCUUCCCUACAUCCUAGUACACAUCCCAUAGAACAUAUACACAUGGAUCAUGUGUGCUCAGGCACAUAACUUGCAACAAAUACAAAAUACAUGCUAGGUUCACAUGCUGUAUUUGCAACCUGGUUUAUAGUGAAUAUUCUGCCUGUGGAAGGAACAGACAGUGCAGAACACUUCUGCGAGUUCCUGCCUAACCUGUAGCCCUUUCUGCUGUUCAGACCUUCAAAAUAUGCAGCAAAAAAACUAAGGAAAAAAAAUGAACGGAAUUAGUAAAGACUAAGCCAAAUUGCGGCCAGUGUUUCUUCUACCAGUGAGGAAUUUUAUACAUCAAAGAUUUUAUUUUACAUCCUUUAUUUUGGUUUUUUUGUGCCAAAUAAUUGUGCUCUUUCACACAAAAAAACUCUGGAAGUUUAAUAAGUGGUUGAGUGUUCUUUCUUUCUUUUAAAUACAGAUAUAAAAAGCAUAAGAGAUUUUUUUUAAAUUAUUGUGUUGUGUCUGGAUUUAUGAGUGUGCUAACGGACAAUCCUGUUCCAUUGCUCCAAGGAAAUUCUGAGAAUUAUGGCAACAUUUGCAACAGCCUUUCUUAAAAACAGGAGCCAAUGAAACUGUGUACAAUAUAGCCUUCAAGUCCUUUUCUUUUCUUUUUUUGGUGUUUUUAUUUUUUAAAGAUGUGCUGUAAUUAUUAGGUGAACAGAUGAGUGAUAUGAACAAUACCUAAAUGUCUUGAUAUUUAAAUUUUUAAAGUUAAAUUUGCAGUUUAGUGGAAUUAAAGAAAUGGAAGUGAGGCAUUCCUCAGCUCCCUUUCAUCCUGUAUUCAAGUAAUACAGGGUGACAUAUUUAUUCUAGCAAAUUUAAAGUUAAUUUGAAUGCCUGAAAAGCUCUGUGUGACUUUGGGAAAAUCUCACAUGGCAUUUGGCCACGCGGUUCUCUUCUUUCUCUCUCCCCUCAUCUCACGCAAAAGACUUCUUGCAGACUUCAGCAUAAACUUAAGUGUGUAAAUAUACAUUCAAGAAUUGUAAAGCACAUACAUGCACUCACAUGUUCUAUUAUACACAUGUUCUAUCACACACACACACACACACACACACACUCUCUACCACUUGGGGAGAAAUAUCUUUCCCCCCCCCCCGCUUCCCUGGUUCCCCAGUUGUAUGAAGAUCAGUGAGAAUUCUCAGCCAAGGGCUUUAAGAAGAACAUAGAGAAAACGAUGAGUGAUAACCAAGUUAGAGGCUGUCCACUUCAAGAAAAUAAAUAAUCUGAAUGAUC